ACCUUGCCCAAUAUCAAAUACCAUCUCCCUGUGCCCCACACCAUUUCCGAGUCAAUCAACUCUUGACUGCUUUCAUUAAGUUUGGGGAAGGAACAAGAGAGACUCCGUAAUGGUAAACAGCUUUCCUCUUGUCCUCGGCGCUCAACAACCGUGCGAUUCAUCGUAACGAGAUCUCUCCAUGGCUGAACUUGCGUUAUAUCAUGCGAGGAGCACCUACAGGGUGUUCCAUCUUUCCCAUCUUUUGAACCCUUCUCCCUUCAGUACUGCCUCCCAACUGUAACAUGGAAAUGCUCCAAGCUUCCCCCUGACCGACGAACGGACCCCGACAUCUGGCAUUCCCCCUUGGUGUUUUCUCUGUUCCAAUCCAUCUAGAACCUCCAGAUCGAUUGUGACAAGUGAUCUAGGAUGAGGGCAUCAUUGGACGCACAGGAGCACGAAAGUCUCCUUAUCAAACUAAUUUAUCAAGCUCGAUCCGAAAAGUCUCUCACCGAUGGCACCGAGAAGAUUGACCAGCAUGUAACAUGGCGAAAUCUACCAAACAAGAAACAAUUGUUAAUACUUUCACUUUGUCGCCUGUCAAGUCCACUCUCCAAUGCUUGCCUAUUGCCAUACCUCUACUUCCUAGUCAAGUCCCUUCUAUCCGAUCCGGAACAUCCCUCCGCUCCACAGACGAUAUCGCAACGUACUGGAUUCCUUGUCGCGGCGUAUCCACUUGGCCAAGUUCUUACCAGCAUUUUGUGGGGACGACUUUCUGAUAUCUAUGGAAGGAAACCAAUUAUUCUUAUUGGAAUAACAUUGAGCGUUCUCGCAAAUCUCUCUUUCGGCUUUUCAAGAGGCAUCGGCAUGUUGCUAUUCUGGAGAGUAGUGGCUGGCAUGGCUAAUGGCAUACUCGGCGUGAUGAGAACGAUGACGGCGGAGAUCGUCAAGCAUCGGAAAUACCAGCCUCGCGCAUUCCUUGCUCCUCCAGUGGUUUUCAAUUCCGGAAGGGUCGUGGCUUUGGCGAUAGGAGGGUGUCUUGCCGAUCCAGUGAAGAACAUUCCAACCUUGUUCGGUCCAAAGGGCUUACUGAAUCUUUCGAAGAGUCCAGAUGGAGUCAUAUGGGCAAUCAAGUAUCCCUAUGCACUCCCAGCGAUGUUUAAUGGUGUCGUCUUGGCUUUAUGUUUGCUAGUCGCUAUAUUUUGGCUAGAGGAAAGCCUUCAAUACCAGGAACGACAUCGCGACACGAGUGUGGUAUUUGGACAACGACCUUUUGGCCAUUGGAGAAGAAGGGUCGAUCAUCGUGAAAAUCGUGGAUACCUUGCGCUUCCAAUAGAAGAUACUGAGAGUACUCCACAAAGCGAUCCCACCAACAUUGGAGCAAGCUCUGAUAUCGCUCGUACAGGCCCAGCUCAACAAGACGCGCCGCCACUUCUCAAGAAUAUAUGGACCUGGCAUUUGUUGAAAACCCUGGUCGCAUUUGGUCUGUUACCGCUCCACAACUCCACCUUUCUUCAUCUCUUUCCGGUCUUUCUAGCCAUGCCCAGUGUGACGACAAUUCUUCCGACAGUUUUUGAAUUCUCCGGAGGACUUGGGCUGUCCUCGCCAACCAUAGGCCUCUUCCUCGCAACUUUCGGCAUAUUUGGCAUAGUGCUUCAGCUUUUCAUCUACCCUCGAAUUCAAAAGCAUGUUGGUAACCUUGGUAUUUUUAGAAUCGCUAGCGGCAUCUUCCCAGUCGCAUAUCUCCUUGCGCCAUAUCUGGCUUUGUUGUCGGAGGUCUCGAGCCUAAAGUGGCCUGCCAUGGCUGUUAUCCUGUUUCUUCAAGUUCUUGCGAGAACCAUGGCGAUUCCGAGUAGUGUGAUAUUACUCACCCGCACAUCGCCCACAAAGGGCGUACUUGGAACGGUUCAUGGUGCAGGCAACACCGUGAGCUCUUUGGCAAGUGCAAUUGGACCCGCGAUUGGCGGAGUGAUUCUUUCUCGUGGUAUCAGACGGGGGUCGGUCGGCCUUGUAUGGUGGAGUUGGAUGUGUGUUGUGUCGUCAGUUACGUUGGCGUGGGCUUUUGUUCUUGAUAGAACAGAGAGCGAAGAUGAAGAGAAACGUGCUACUGGGGUCCGCGAGGUUGAGCUCAGGUAAUCCGUUGCAUGGUAAUUUAGAUACUAAUUCUUCACGAAUACCUAUGAACAUACCUCUUUCUUCCCUCUCCUCUCUCCUAUACACUCUCACACACCUCACGGUUUUUCUUACAUGAACUCUACACAUACACACACUCUCUCUCACUUACAGUCUACACUCUAUACCCUCUCUUAGGAAGGUCUCUCUCACAAUACUCUUCCCUCUCAUAUAACACUCUCCCCUCUCUUACAACACUCUCCCACGAUACUCUUAUAACACUCUCUCCCCUCUUACAACACUCUCCCACAAUACUCUUAUAACACUCUCUCCCCUCUUACAACACUCGAUCUCAACACUUACCCCUAAAGGGAAGGAUAAUAGGAAAACCGAGGCCUUCAUAGAACUAUUCUAUCAAGCUAUAGACUCAGC